GAUCGCAAUCAAUGUAUCUGUUAUCAAGAUGAGAUAAGAGGGAACUAAUACAUAUAUACCAAAACUUUUGUUUUUACGUGCUAUCUCCAUUUAUAUAGUGAUAAUAGAAUGAUAACAGUCUAAAUUAAAAGCACUAGGUAUUUAGAACAGUUGCUGUGAUGAAGACGUGAUCGAUAACGUUUGGAUUUUUUAACGCAUUUUUGUUGCUGUGUAAAAAUGAGUGACGCUCUCCAAGAAAUAAAAUGUAUCGUCGUUGGUGACGGAUGCACCGGAAAAUCAUCCCUGUUGUGCAGGAUUGAAGGGAAGAAAAUGAAAGAUGGUUACAUACCCACUGUAUUCGACAAUACUGCUGUGACUGUGUCGCAUAAUGGAAAACAGUACAAUCUUCACUUAUUUGAUACGGCAGGACAGGAGGAUUAUGCCCAACUCAGACAACAAUUUUACAACGAUAAAAAUGUGUGUUUGAUAUGUUUCUCAGUUGAAAAUACUACUUCUUUCGAUAACGUUCGGACACUGUGGUAUUCCGAAGUAACCAACUACAUUGCCAAAAAUGCUGUAAUUAUACUGGUUGGAACAAAAAGUGAUUUAAGAACUGAUAAUGAAACCAUAGAUAGGUUGAAUAUAAGCAAAGAGGCUUUCGUGUCAAAUGAGGAAAUUGCUCAUUUCGCUAGAGAGAAAAAAAUUGAUUAUGUAGAAACAUCAGCUUUAAAAAAUGAAAACAUUAAUUUACUAAAGGAGACCAUAAUAAAAUUGUUCGAAAGGAAUGUCGCACGGAAUACAUGCAUUACUCAUCCCACAUGGAUUUCAUGGCUACUUCAAAAAGUUAAUUGUUGCAGAAGAUAUUAAAAAGAUCUAAUAAUAAAUUAUGUGUAUCUAUAAAUAUUACUCUAAGUCAGGAUUUUGAUAAUCCAUAGAAUAUUCAAUGGUGAUACAUAAUUAAUGUUUGAAUAUACAAAUUUCUUACCUUAAAAAACUCAUUUUUCAAUGAAAGAAUUGAAAUCUCAACCAAAUGGGAAAACUGUUUUGUUUAAUGGUUAUGGAUUAAAGUAAAGCUUUGUAUGUUA